AUGGGAACUUACCAUGUAGAGGAACUAAGUUGGCUAGCUGAUGAUGGAGUCCAUACUGUAACAAUUGAUGAGUUUGAACCAUUUGUAGAGGAUUAUUCUGUUUAUGCUGACUAUGAUGCUGAGUAUAAUGUCCAAACUUCAUGUGAACAUCAACCUGAAGUAGAUUAUCUAGAGGGUAUGUUAAGUGAUGAUAGUGGAGAGGCUUUCUAUUAUGAGAAUGGAUAUUGUUCUGAGGGUAGUAGAGAUGAUUAUGAUGAUAGUGACUAUAAUGUGGAUGAGUCUAACAUACAUUUUGAUGUUGAUGUAGACAUGGGUGAAUUCCAUAAUGUUGUUGAUGUAGAUGAACAUGGAAUCUUAAUCAAUCAUUCACCAAAUGAAGGUAAUGACAUGAUUGAUAAUGAGUUUGAAGUUAUUGCGAUUGAUGAUUAUCGGUUUGCAGGAUUUCAUGAAGAUGACAUGAAGAGAAUGCUUAAGUAG